AUGCGGGUCUUUGACGAGGCGAAACCGGCCUCGGGACCGGGGCCGGAAGACACUGAGUCCGAAGAGGAGCAACUCGAGCGAUGGCGGCGCCUGCGCGAGGAGCAACAGCGGUACUCUGUGCUGCCCAUCGAGGCACAUAAGCCGGCGAUGUGCUUCGUCGUCUUCCUCGUCUUCUUCCUCACGCUCUUCUUCGCCGCCGCCAUCCUCACCACAGACGUCGAGCGCAAGCACGUCACCCGCCAGGCGAUCAGGCGAAACAUCUUCCAGGCGCCUUUUCUCCAACCGCCGCGGGCCGCGCCUCAGACCGACCCGCCCCAGGACUCGACCUCCGGCGAGACUGAAAACCAACCGGGGACUUCCGGCGCUGGUGCAGCCACUAGACGCCUCGCAGCGAAACCGGACUUCUUGCCUUUUUCUCAGAUUCUCCCGGUCCCCCUUGAGACACUUCGAAGUCUUGCCUCCCACACGCAGGCCUCUCCUGAGUCCUCCCCGUCCUUUUCUCUCCCACCCGCAUCACCUGCUGCCUUUCCUGCUUCCUCGCCGUACUCUCCAUCUUCUCAACCUUCACCCUCUCCGUCAUCUCCUUCACCUCCUUCAUUUCCUUCACUUCCUUCAUAUUCAUUUCCUUCAUCUUCUUCACUUGAUGAGGACUCCGCGGCGCCGGCUUCCCCAGCUGCGCGUUCUUCCCGCCGGCCGUCGUUUGCCCCGACAGUGUCUCCGCUGUCUCCUGCGGCGUCGAGUCCGACUGUCUCCUCGCCGCGUCGGAGACGGCUGAGCGCAGACCGGGCCCCGACGCCGGUCGACGAGGGGACGGGGCUGUGGGAGGGGCGAGGCAUCUCGAGCGUGGCGCUGUUGCAGUGGAGCGACGUUGAACUCUGGUUGGAGCGCAUUUUGCGGCGCAUGUUGCUCACCGGCCUCGUGGCGGAUCUCCUCGCGGUCGAAGAGGCGAACCUUUCAGUCGUCAAGGGCAUCCUUGCCACCAACUCGGGAACCACUUCCAAAGGCCUGCUCUUGAAGCUCUGGGAAACGACAGGCAAGUACAGCGCACGCGGCGGCACGUACGAGGUGAACUUCCGAACGCUCUACGGCGUACCCUGGGGCUACGACAUCUCGCCUCAGCUGAAGGAGCUAACAACGGGGGGUUGGUUGACGCCUCUCACCAGUUCCGUCACCGUCCAGUUGCUCCUGAGAGACAAUUCCGGCGAUGCCUCGUACGUGGAGGUGAGCUUCACACAGCUGCCGACGGGUCUCAUUGUGCCCCGGUGCACCAUCUUCGUCAACCUCGUCUCCAGUUUCCUCGUGUCGAUCAUCGUCUCGGGCCUCUUUUUCCUCGUCACCGUCUGUUACCUCUUCGUGGAAAUCUACGCCUUCCGAUACGUCAAAAACGCCUCACGGGUCGCAGAGAGACGCGAGAGUGCGUUUUCUGCGUAUCUCCGCGGAAGGUGGGAAGUUCUGGGAACGUGUGUGUGCGGCUUCUUGACGGCGAUUCUUCUGUGCAGCCGUGCCGUUGUCGCGAACCUGUUGCCCAACGUCAACACUUUCAAGUACAUACAGCUCGUCGACUUGGUCGACGAUGUGACGCGUUUCCUGAUUGUCGCCACAACCUUCUUCGCGAUGAUGCGAACGCUGCUUUUCCUCACGAAUGCCAGUCUCUUUUUCUUCGUCGUCCAGCGCGCCCUGAAAACUGCGCUUCGCGAAUUCUCAGGAGUUCACCUCGUGGCGAUGCUCGCGAUCCUGGGCGUCGCCGCCUCGAAUUACCUGCUCGCAGGAGUGAAGGAGACGCCCUUUGGAACGUACGGAGAUGCGAUCUUUCAGACGCUUGCUCUUCUGUUCGGCUCGCCACUGCUCUUCACGUUUCCCCCCGUCGGCGCCCUGUACAACCUCGUCUUCAUUCUCGUUUGGUGGACCAUUCUUCUCCCGAUGUUGAUUGCCCUCGUCGUCUACUCUGUUCGAAAGGUUAUGGUCAAGACAGGCUUGAAUGAAACGGAAAUGCUCGGCGCCGAGAUGGCUGACCAGGCCCGAGACUUCCUUGCAGAAUUUGUCUUCUGCUGCGCCCCGGACCCUGGACGCCACGCGACUUCCGACGAGAAGCGGCGUCUCCAGCAGAAAGAGGAGAAGGCAGAGAUGCGGAGACAGGAGAAAGAGUCUCAGAGACAGAUUGAAGAGAGUGGCGUGGCGGUCACAACGAUUCCGGAGUCGAAGACGCGGCCGUCGCGGGUGUUGCUGUGUCUCCUCCUCGUCUUCUCCAUCUUCUUCGUCGCCGGCGUCUCGCUCCUUUUUGACGCGCCUCGAGUCUACCGCGAUCACACAGCCACCAGCCAACUCGAGAAUCGACGCUUCCUGUCCACGGACCCGUUCGCGAGCAAGCGCCUUCUCGAACUCACGCCUCCUCUUGGAUUCCGAGAUGACCUCUGUGCGACAACCCGCGCACAGAACAGCCAAGGCGAACCAAGUGGAGACACCGCCGCACAGGCCGGCGGCAGCAACGGAGACUCGACAACUCAAGGCGAAGGCGCGCAGAUUCUCAAGAACGUCCUCACUGCUCUCUCCGAGCCGUUGCCACGAACAAUCACGCUGAAGGACGUCUCCUCUCUCCAGGGAAUCUACGACUGGCUGCAGCACGUCCUCGCGGAAGAGAUUUUGAACGCGGCCUACUCAGCACCGUACCUUUCCCAUCGCGCCCCGCUCGCCAAUCCCGGGGCUCUUCUGAUCGCGCGGCGUGUCAGCCUGCAGUGCCGCGCGUCGACGUCGUCGCUGUAUCGCAUAUGUCCCGUGACGCGCCUGGGAACCAGUUCCUUCUCGUCGGGCACGACGGAGACGUACGGAGUGAACGGCGCGAAAUUCACCGCCGAUGUCGACGACCGCGUCUACCGUGUAGGUCUCUUCUUCACUUCGACUCUCGCGGGUGCGACCGGCGCUACCGCCUCUGCCAAAAAGCGUUCCUCGUCUUCUGUUGACCCCGCUCCUGCCUCGCCUUCUGUUGACCCCGCUCCUGCCUCGCCUUCUGGUGAUCCCGCUCCUGCCUCGCCCUCUGGUGAUCCCGCUCCUGCCUCGCCUUCUGGUGAUCCCGCUUCUGCUUCGUCUCCUGUUGAUCCCGCCUUCUCUUCCUCUUCUGCGUCGCCUUCUCCCUCUUCUUUCUCGCCUUCCUCUUCCUCUUCAUCCUCCCCUGGAGCUGCCGUGGUUUCAGCCGACAGUGCGCCUUCGCCCCUGUCGGCUGAAGCGCCGCUUCGUCGUCUUGCUUCGUCAGGUGUCUCUUCUCAGUCUCCGCGCAAACUGGGAGAUCAAGGAGGUCUUUCUCGCAUCGUCCCGCGCACUUCGCAGGUUGUGCGGACCAGCGCCGACCCUCUCGCUGACCUCUUGGGCUCCCCCAGGGCCGCUACGCUGAAUCUUUCGGCCACAGAGUUUGCGGCUCUUUAUCACGGCACCUCCAGCAUGAAGGGAAAAAUCGAUCGCCUCAAAGAAGGCGGAUUCUUGGAUUACCAACUUGCGCAGCUCGAUGUAGUCUGGGUGGACUUCAACGGAGACUCCGGUGUAUACCUCCUCAACAAGGUGACCUUUGAGCUGGCGAAUACGGGAGGCUUGACAGUGACGCCAGGAGUCGUCGCAGUUCCUUCGUGGACUCUGUCUCCCACUUCGGCGUCUGCCCAUGCGUCGUUCGUCCUCGUUAUGAUAGCCUCCCUCUGUUUUCUCCUGUAUAUCCUCUACUCCUACCGCACAACCCAGAAGCGUGUCUACUCGUCUUCUCUCUUCAUCUUCCUGGACCUGCCGACGCUCAUCUUCCUCUCGCUCUUUGUCUUCUUUUACGUCGCCCUCCUCAACGUGUCCUUCAACCCGGGAUGGGAGUCGGCAGCUUCCAUCGGCCUCGGCGUCUCCACUCAGACGCAAGACGCAACGAUGCGCUCCGUCUCUGCUCUCUCGCGCCUCGCCUCCAACUUCCUCCCGGGGGCGAGCCCCCGUCACCUGGCCGGAGACAACGGAGACGCAGGCAGCGGGCUCGGAGACACUGGGACGCGACGGCGCCUGGGAGCGACAGGCUCGGCGCGCAGUGGGGAGGGACGAGGCGGAAUCGCGCCGGCUCAAAAGAACGCUCGUUUGCGUUCUUCCUCAUCCGUGGAGGUGCCCGCCGCCUCAGCCAACAGAGAAGAGGAACACGGAGGCGGCGAGCACGUAUCGCCGCGACGCAGGAGCCGAGGCUCCCAGGCGCAUGCACCUUCUUCCUCUGUUGCCGCCGGGUUUCCCUUCCCCUCUUCCUCUCUUGUUUCGUCGCCACAUGUCUCUUCCGCUUCGCUUCCCGCGCGGCGCCUCAGUGCGGGCACAGGAGAGGACGCGGGCGAGUUCGGCGACUCUCUGGACAUUCCCGGCAUCGUGCCUGGCCCCGUCCAGCCCUGGCUUUGGGUGCCUGGGUCCUCGCAAGGCCCAGACAACUCGCCGCCGCCGACAGCGGAAUCCAUCCUUCGGUUCAUGCGCUUGCAGGAGUCCCUCGAGGCGAAGGGUGACGCUCUUUUCCGCGCCAAGGUUCUGGCUGUCGUGGCUCUUCUGAUGGUGGCGGUGAGGAUCCUCACGCUCACAGCAGCCGUUCCCCAGCGCUUCCAAGAGGCUCGCAAGCUUAUUGAAAUUCUCUACGGAGCAGCGUCGCAGAUCGCUAUCGCGAGUGUCUUUGUCGUCGUCGCCUUCUUCGCCUUUUGCUUCGCCGGGUACACGAUUUUGGGUGUCCAGUUUCGAGGCUUUAGCACGCCGACGUAUUCGAUCGUGACGUGCCUGAUGAUUUUAACUUCAAAAUGGAACUUCAACGCUGUCACGGCUCCCGCCACGCAGCACCACGCUCUCACGUGGCAGUUUGAGGCGUUCGUUUUCUUCUUCUGCAUCGUUUUCUUCUGCUACUUGAACUACCUCGUCCUCGCCUUCCUCUAUCUGCGCUACACACACAUCGAGCUCGACGCAGCACCAGAAGUGCAAGACCUCGUCACCAAGUACGGCGUCGAACCCAGACGCAGGAUGGCCCUCGCCGUCAGCGACACCGUCAUUCUCUACUGGAAAGCCUUUUUGAAAGCCCUCCAGUUGGCGAUUGCGCAGGCGAACGCAGACGGAGCGAUGGCGUCUCUGGACAGUCAAGCGGCGCUGCUUCGCGAUCGCUUCUUCGACGAAUUUCGAGGCCUUCCCACUCUCGCAACUCUCCCCUGUACUACCAAGGACCGCAUUGAGCGCGCCUUUCUCGGCACGCAGCUGGUUCGCAUUCAGCAGUACAUCACAGACUUGGAGUUCCUCAAGGCGAAGCAGUUUUUGAUUCUCUACGAUUUGAAAAUCCUGGGAGACUACCAGCGGAGUGUCCGCAAGCUGAACAAGAAGAAAGGCCUUUUCAUUGCGUCCUUGGAGCGUGCGUUGCAGGAUCUGAACGACGAAAUUGACGUUCUCCAGAACGACAUUUCUCUUCUCACCUAUGCAGACGAGCAGACGGAGGAGCGGGUCGAGCAAAGACACCGCCAGCGCCAGCUUCUGGACCUCACAGGCGUCGCCCGAGGCCCCGCUGUGCUUCCGCCGGGAGUGUAUGUACCGCCAGAGUCUUUGGAGGAGGCUCGUCAAGUGCAGCGGAAAGAAGAAACCAAGCGCGAGGAGCGCAUUUCGGAAUGGCGCCGGCGCGUCUCCGAGGGCGAGGUGUACCCGGUGUCUCUCCAGGAGCUUCGCCGCAGGCGGCAGCGGAGACAGGAGUUCGAUUCAGGUUCGCCUUUUGUCGUCGCAGCCGAGCUGUUGGACGACCCAGACUUCCUGGACGGCGAGGACGCGCCUCAGGCGUCAGGCGCCUCCGGGUCCCGCAGAGCGAGUCAGCGACGGUACCUGGAUCCAGGGCUGGUGGCGGAGGAAGACGACGACGCGCUUCUCGCCGUCUCGCCGGUUGCGCGCCAGCGAGGCAAAGAGAAGAGGCGCCAGGGGGGACGGGACUCCGUGGCCUUCGCGCUGUCGCCUCUAGAUGGGGUUGAGAGGAAGGCGUCGCCCGUGGGCGCGCAGAAGACGGACGACGACUGGGAUCUCGUGCGACAACGGUUCGGAGGCGAGCGACAGCCUACGCUGCACUUCCAAGACGACCGAGGCAGCGACAUCCUCGUGCGUCCUGACGUCCAGACGGAGACGGCGAAGGCGGCCUGGCGACGCAGCGGCGGGCGUGGCGCCUCAGGCGACGUGGAUCCUCAGGGCGUCGUGAAAAUCAAAAAGACCGUCAAAAUCCGCCCGUUCAAAAAGAAAGACGGGCGUGCGAAAACCGAGUCUUCGCCGCUCUCGGCAGCUUCGACUCCGCGGCCCGAAGACGAGAAGAGAAAGAGAAAGAAGGGCAAGGGGUUCCGGGAGGCAGAGGCGCCGGCCAGAAGUGAAGAAGACGCGGCGCGCGCGGCGUCUGAAGAAAGCGACGAGGGCGAACGCCCGGAAACGAACGCACCUGCGAUUCACUACGCGCGGAGUCUGUCGAUGCGUGUGCAGAGGGGACCGCGCGACAGAGCUGACUCGAAGGGCGGGGCCGGCUACGAAGCACUCUCUCGGAUGCGGAAAGAACCGGAGCGCAGAAAGAAGAAAGAGGACAAGCCGAGACGCACAGAAAAGAAAGAGAGCGCGUACCAAGUGCUGGAGAACAAACCAAAGAAAAAGGAAGCAAGAGGAGGCGUCUUCGGCGUCAAUAUUCUAGGAGAAGAGUAA